AUGGCUUCCCAUGUGCCUGGCGAUAAUGCAAAAAGUGACACGUCACGGAAACUCCCGGUGAUAAAGAAUCCACUGUUGAGCUCCCAGGUAACCGGGUUGACACUGGACGACUUUGCACCGGUGGCCGUACUCCAGCCGGCGGCCCCACUGCCCGCUUUUACCAAGGAUCCUUUGGCGGAAUCAACAGGUCCCGGCAAGCCGGCCAUCUUUAGCGCCCAGACGGCUGGAUCGGGUACCGUGCCGGAGCUGCCCCAGGAUACGGACAACUUUAGCGAGAUCGACCUGAACGCCACGAGCGAAACGCAGACGCCGUCGCGCUCGCAACCGAUCGAGUACAAUCCGCUGCAGGACUUGGAGGAGUCUGACGGAAGAGAGGCGUCCGGAGGACUGGACGGUACUGGCGAUCCCGCGUCCAGCGCCGCUGCCACGUCCUACCUUCAGCAGACGUCCGUACUGACCGCCCAGUUCGCCGCUCAGCUGCCGAACGUCGCGUCAACGGUAUUUUCGACCUUCAGCCGGGUCAUCAAGGGCAACUCACCGGCACCGCCGACCGCUUCGAGCGAGCAUCAUCAGCAUCAGCCGUCGUACGGUGGUGCGUACGAUUCGCAGCACGAAUUCCUUAAUACACCCCACCAUCCGUACGGUGGACCGGCACCUCCGUCCGCGGCAUCUUUAAUCAAUACAUCCGCAUUCGGACCAUCGUCUUCCUCGUUCGCCCAUUCCGGUGCGGAUCAGCAGCUGCAGGCCGAAUCGCUACCGGCGGCCCCACCACCGACAUUCUACAACCCGGAACAGGUACCAUCGGCCGUAGCAUCCACCGUACCGCCUCCUCCGUCGACAGGUGGAGGACUUGCGAACAGCUAUCGGUUGGGUGGAAGCAAGAAGAAAACGUACGCGCACAUACCCGGUUUGAGUACCACGGCGAGUCAGCCCGUGGGUGGAUUUUUGCCACCAGUCACACCACAGAACGCGCCCGUAGUGCCGCAUCCGUUUGCGCCACCAUUGCCACCAGCUGACGCACCACAGGCAAACCAAGGGUCAGCGUUUUCGUUUCCAACGGACCAUAACAACCUUUUUCCCGUUGCCCAACAACCGGGCUUUGGUCGAGAGGAACCACCACAACCAUCGUCAUCAUCCGCUGAUUCGAAGGGAAAGUCCUCGCUUUUCGGAUAUAUUCCGACGAACAUAUUUGACAAACUUCCGAAACCUAGUUUUGGAAGUGACGUGAAGAAAGAAGAAGUACCUCAGUUCCCGCCCCAAGGAGCACCAUCGAUCGUUGAUCAGUUUGCAGAACUAAACGUCACUUCGGGACCACCACUCGGAGUCACCACACCGUCGUUCACUACACCAUUCGUAGGAGGUCCACCGCCUUUAGCGGUAUCCCCGCCACAGUCGGCAAGUUCGCUGUUUACACCGAGCGUCCCAGAGCCGAGUGUUGCCGUAGAGCAGCCGGUGCAACCAUUCGCCUCUAGUCCCGUUCAACAAGCAUCGCAAUCACCACCAACAUUCUACUCGCCAGGGCAAAUACCGACCGUUCCGAACGCGCCACCUACGGGCACUAGCGCAUCCAAGGGUAACCCAUACAGUGCGGCUAGGCGAGCACCGGGUGGUCGGUACAAGAAUCCACUUGCACCGUUGCCAGCACCGACGGCUGGACCGGUUUUCCUACCGAAUCAGUUACCUCCAACCGCGUCGCAAACGCAACAGCUAAAGGCAAAUUCAUCCGAACCCUUCGGAACCAGCGUUGCCCAGGAGCUUCCUACAGCUCCUCCGAGCAUUUUUACGCCAGCGCAACAGCCACCGGUAACGAUUUUUAAUCCACUUGAAUCGACGGUAGGCACUUCGAUUCUACAACCGACUGGGAGUACCGAAAGUGCUCCGGUUGACAAUCUCGUACCUGUCCAGCAGAACCCCCUUCCGUCACCGUUUGUACCAACGUUUGGUGGAUCGUUUGCUCCAGCCGGAUCGAAUAACCAAUCGUUUGCUCCUCCCCCUGUGUCGAUCUUCAACCCGGCAGCUUCAGCUCAAAGCGAUCAAGGUUCAUCGAAUGUGGAUGUGAACGCAUCGUUGGUUGCUGAAGGUGAUCCGACUCCGAUUUCGACCCAAUCGAAUCUACAGGAAACGGUUGCAGCUCCAUCACAGAGUCAGCAAGUAUCAGCUGCAGCUCCUGCACCGGCACCGGCUGAUAAUCCUUGGCAGGCGCAGUACAACUCGUUCAACAUCCCGAGCAGCGCAGGUGCUUCCCAAGCCGCGCAACACAGCACAACCGCACCGGUGCGCGUAGAUUUCCCACAAUCGAACGCGUCUACGAACGGUAGCGGUGGUUUCACGCAGUUCCUCGAUACGGACGCACCAUCCGGUGGCUCCAAACCUAUCGUCGAUAGUCGAUCACGGUCGAGCGAGAACGUACUCUCGCCUCCACCCAGACCCAACUCGAACUUGAGUGAACCGUCCACCAUUUUUCCCGGGUUUGUUCCACCGGCGGAUAUUUUCCGAUCCCAUACGGACUCAUCGACGACCGGGGGUGUGACGGACGUGUUCCAGCAGCUCGUAGCCACCCAGCAUCACCCUCCCCAGGGACAAGAAGCUCAGAGUGUACCUAGCGCACAGGACAGUAACGGAAACCGGAAUCCGGCCGACUUUUUCACCGGCACCGGUUUGUCGCUAGCCCCUAGCCUUACGGGGACACAGCUGGAGGAGUCACAAAAGAACGCGAAUUUAUUUUUACCGUCCACCCAGCAGCAAGUCGCGUCGCACAAAACACCGGAACCAGCGCCAGCUAUAAAUCCAACCGAUUUCUUCAACAGCAACACCGUCGUUACCGAAAGCACCAUCAAAACGGGGCAGAACGUUUCUUCUGUGCCGCUUUUUAGCUUUUUCGGUGGCCCGCCCGCCGAGACGGGAACUGCUGCUCCAGCCAGCCAGUCGACCCAGGAACCGAAGAACCACGUGAACGAGGUAAAGGAAGAGACCGACACGGGUAUUCAACCGCCCGGAGCACCAUCUACCAUAUCGAACGUUAGUAGUUUUAGUAACGUAAACGAUCGGUUUUCGGAGUACGACGGUGAAGGUGGUGAGUUAGACCCACCGGCAACCCCGGUGCCGAUCUUUAGUAGCGACAAUCUGUUCAACUUCAAAGCGUCCGCCUAUCAGGACGGUGGAUUUUACUCGCUUAACGCCGGACAGCACGGGCUCGACGCGAACGACGGUAACAGCAGCAUGGCGGCGAUGGCCACGACGAGUGUCGGUGCACCGGAUACGACCAACACCACGGCCGGCGGAACGUCGAUAGCUGAAUCGGGCAGCACCAAUAUCGCCUACCGGCCGACGUACAAUCACUGGUUCUACCGACGGGAAAUUGAGGGAAAGGUAAUGUGGUCGCCGUUUACGAUGGCAGAUUCGAUGGCACUGGAAGAUGGCUGGGUGCUCGCCAAUGCUACCCCGCAGGUGGAAGUGGGAGAAGGAGAAGACCGUGACCCACCGGCACCGGUGAUCGUGCACACCGACGGUGGCCGGUAUGAUGUGUCGAUUCGGGAGCGCUUGCGGACGCCGGUCUAUUGGAACGGUCCGUCGAAUGAGGUGCGUCGAUGCUCGUGGUUCUACAAGAACGUCGACUCACGGUUCGUGCCUUACGAGGAGGAUGUUGCCGACAUGCUGGAGCGUGAGUACAAGGAGGCUUCCACUUCCGGCGAGUGGCAUCGGCGUGUGACCAUCCCGAACGGGGAGACGGUUGUGUUUCACGGACCCUCGGUGAUCGUACACUUCCUGCAGACACAGAACCCGGACACGUGGGGUAGUGGCAGCUCACCCGUACCAUCGACGACCAAUCGGCCGCGGGUGGUAAAACGCGGCAUCGAUGAAUUCAACAUCGACGACGACGAGCCGGAAAAGAUAGAUCACCUACUGUUCAUGGUGCACGGUAUUGGCGAGGCGUGCGAUCUUCGCUUCCGGCGCGUGGAGGAAGUGGUCGACGAGUUCCGUAGCAUCUCGGCCCAGCUCGUACAGAGCCACUACCGAUCGUCGUUUGACCGGGGAGACGUUGGACGCGUCGAGAUUCUACCAAUCUCCUGGCACGACGAUCUACACUCGCUCGAAUCUGGUGUGGAUGAGAAACUAAAGUCGAUCACGCUCGAUUCAAUCCCGAAGCUACGCCACUUUACCAACGACACGCUGCUGGAUGUCCUCUUCUACACCAGUCCCAUGUUCUGCCAGAGCAUCAUCGAUUCCGUGGGGAACUCGCUCAAUCGCCUCUACACACUAUUCUGCCAGCGUAACCCAACCUUUGAUGGACGCGUGUCGCUGGCGGGCCAUUCGCUCGGCUCCCUCAUCCUGUUCGAUUUGCUGUGCCAUCAGAAGAAGGCAGAACCAAAACCCUCCACCGAGCCGGAGAAUUCGGAAAAUCCAGAUGGAGAUUCGGUAUCUCCACUACCGCAUCAUCACGCCCACGUGCACCAUCGGCCACUGGUGCGCAAGUGCUCGCAGCAGAUCAACUACGAGGUUGGUCCGGCCGGCACCGGGCAACCAUACAUCACCUACCCGCAGCUACUGUUCGAGCCGAAGAUGUUCUUCGCUCUCGGUUCACCGAUCGGCAUGUUUGUCACCAUCCGGGGCAUCGAUGCGCUCGGGCUCGACUUCAAGUUGCCAACGUGCGAUGGGUUCUUUAACAUCUUCCACCCGUACGAUCCGGUCGCGUACCGCAUCGAGGCACUGAUCAACCCGGAGCUGAGCGGCCUCCGGCCCGUGCUCAUUCCGCAUCACAAGGGACGGAAGCGGAUGCAUCUGGAGCUGAAGGAGACAAUGGUGCGUGUCAGCAACGAUCUGAAGCAGCGCGUUUCGGACGUGUUCCGCAAUACACUCGGCACGGUGUGGGCGCUGACGACCAUGAGCUCCCGGCCGGAUCCGAAGGCGAUACAGAAGGAGGUCGACAAGGUGUUGGAGGAUCAGCUGAAGUUCGAAACGGGCUCGGAUGUGGCGGGCACCAGCGAUGUGGACAGUGGCGAGACAAGUUUACCCCUCGGACGAUUGAAUCAGACGCGGCGUGUCGACUACGUCCUGCAGGAGGCACCGUUCGAGUUUAUCAACGAGUAUCUUUUUGCCUUAACUAGUCACGUGUGUUACUGGGACUCGGAGGAUACGAUGCUCUUCGUGAUGAAGGAGAUCUACAGUAGUCUCGGUGUGCAGACGGACCAUCAGGUGCCACAGCAAUCGAUGACAAUCGAGCGACCGCUUGCCGGCACCAGCCCGGUUGCCUCGAGCUGUUCCAUUAAUAGCAACUUUAAUCUCUUCCCACAAGCCAACAAUCGAUAGUGCGGAAUCGCCUAGUGCCCCGGUGUUUGUCAGGAAGGAGCGGUUUUUAUUCUGUUUUUGGUCGUGUACUAUUAACGCCUACUUCUACUGGCUGCCUGCCGAUCUUACUGAGUUUUAAAUAGUUUCUAGGCGCUAAGUUUGAAGUUACGUGACGCAGUGUUGAUCCGUGUUUGUUUAGUUAGUUGUGCUCCGCUUUGAUGUGCCUGGUUUCUUAAACGAAUCUAGUUUCCAUUACACUACACGUCCUUAGUACCGGGCAUGACACAUGCCCUGUUAUCAGUUUUGAGAUGUAUAAUACAAGUUUAAAAAAAUAUAUUUACAAACCAACGCACAUUAAAGUACACGAUCGCAUGCGGUAUAUAAGAAAGAAAGGCUUGUUUGUGAGUAAAUAUAAACAGCUUACAAUUUGACACCUUAGAAGUUAGAAUAAGAUAACAAGCUUUAG